AUGACAGUGGCAUCGCUCACUCCACAAGAGAAGGAGACGCUGGAAGUAUUCCGCAAACAAGUGUUCGAUGAGGAGAUCCUUCACGAAGGAGAUUCAGUUGGGACGGAUGACGCAACCCUACUUCGGUUUCUUCGCGCACGCAAGUUCAGUCUGAAUGAUUCAAAGAAAAUGUUGCAGAAUUGUCAGCACUGGCGGAAAACCGUUGGAGGCGACGGGAUAGAUGCGUUAUAUCGCCGGAUAGAUCCCUACGAUUACCCUGAGCGGGAAGAAGUAUUCAAGUCCUGGUCCAUGUAUUUCCACAAGGCAAGUUCCCCACAAAGGCCUUUGCUGAGAACCCCUAAUGAUAGUGAUCGCGACGGCCAUCUCAGACAGACAAGCUGCCUCCAGAAAGGCCGACCGGUGAACAUCCAAUUCUUUGGUGGGCUGAACCUUCCGGAGUUGUACAAGCAUAUCACACCGCAGAAGCACUGGGAGGCUAUCGUUGUAAACGCAGAUUCCCUUACCCGUGAAGUGCUUCCAGCUGCAUCGCGUGCUGCAGGGAAGAAUAUACACCAAGGGAUUGUGAUUGUGGACCUCAAAGGUUUUGGGCUCUCGCAGUUUUGGCAAGUGAAAUCACUGGCGCAAGCGUCAUUCCAGAUCUCACAAGAUUAUUUUCCCGAAACAAUGGGUCAACUUCUGAUAAUCAACGCACCAUCCUCAUUUACCUUUAUCUGGGGAAUAAUGAAGCCCUGGUUGGCCAAAGAGACUGUGGAGAAGGUUGACAUCCUCGGUUCGAAUUAUAGAGAGGUUCUACUCGAAGUCAUAGAUGCCGAGAACUUGCCAGUAAUCUUGGGAGGGACUUGCACUUGCAAGGGUGAAGGAGGCUGCGACCUUAGCGGCGCAGGACCUUGGAUGGAUGAGAGGAAGGCAAGGAAAAGGGAGGGAAGUACUGAGGACUCCGGAUUCGUAGAAAGGACAGAAGACGUUGCCCAAUCCCAGAGUACUGCAAGCUCCACAGGGAUGGAACACAAUGGUCCAGUUACCCAUACGAUAGAUGUCGAUCUUAAUUAGAUUCUAGGUUCAAGUAGAUGUGUAGCAUGUGUAUCAUACACAAACGUCGAUAGUGGACAUUUGUAACGAGCAUGACCUUCUUGAUGUUUACUUACGGAUCAAACGCCAGCUUCCUUGGAGCAGACGCUUGCAGUCUUUUGACGGCUCUUCAGUAUUAAUUGCAUGGAUGCGAACAUGAUACUCCCGCCAGUCGCGAUGCUC